AAGCGAUCGCCCAAGAACCACAACACCAUAUACCGGACACCUGACCGCGUCCUCCGCCGUGCUUGUUGCGCCUAUUGUUCUGACUAGCCACGCAAAGCCAUUUUCGCGAUACACCUACCGCCGGUCGCGCGCGCCUCCCGAUACCGGUGCUUGCGCGCAACAGCUCGUCCCGGCAGCCCAAGCGACUGGCUUAUUCUGGCACAUCUGUAGAAUCGCGUGGGCUCCCGGAGACGACCAUCUAUACUGCGGAUAGCCGCAUGAUGUGCCUGGUACACGGAGUAUGACUUCCAGCCAGACACGUUCAGCUGCUACUCCGUCCUCUCCAGUGUCGAGCCGGUCGUUUCUCUCUCGGCUCAAAUCGCCAUUGACAUCCAAAUCUCGCAACUACACCGAAUUCUAUAUUCAAUCAGAUGAUCCCCAUCGCCAUUACACGCCGGGGGACAUCAUUAGUGGGACUGUCAUUAUCAAGAUCGUCAAACCCCUGAGAAUCACUCAUUUGGUCGUAUCUUUGCACGGUUAUGCGCAGGUUUUCAAGAACCCAAAUACUCCCGGAGAUGCUUACAAGAACUACUGCUCAACAGUCGGCUCUGGGAGAGGAAAAAAGGCAGUGAGUUAUUUUGGCAAUGGAUUCGUUUCGCUGUUCGAGGACGAGGUUGUGCUUUGCGGCGAGGGAAGACUGGCUGAGGGUGUAUACCACUUCAACUUCGAACUCGAGUUCCCCUCCAAAGGCUUACCCAGCAGUAUUGACUUCGAGCGUGGAACGAUAUCUUACAUGCUCAAUGCCACCUUGACACGCCCCACGACCAUGUCGCCGACUGCGUCAUGCGACACAAAGGUCUACCUCACCGAUUCGAUCGACAUCGCACCCGUACCGCAGCUGAAGCCCCGUGUCAUUUCCUUGGAACCCAUAUCUAGACGAACACGCGCUAGAUCGACGCGGAAAAGGCCAAUAGAGGAAACGCCACAUACACCUUCUGGUUCGGAGCCUCAGCCAGUGGGGCCCGCCUUAGAAGCAACCAAGAUCAUCGAUGAGACGGAGGGUCCACGGAGCCCCUCGCCUAGCGAUGUGAGCUACGAGAGUCAAAGGAGUAGUGGAAACGCUUCCGGAACGGAGUACGGCAUUCGCUCGAUCAACACGGCUACAGAUGGAUCAAACUCACAAAAUGGAAGUCGAGCGACGCUGAAAGGAAAGACAAUCACAGCCACGAUCGACGUACUCAAGGGCGGCUUUCUCAGAGGCGACCAAAUACCGAUCAAAGUGACUGUGAACCAUACGAAGCAUAUACGAAGCUUGAAAGGUAUCAUCAUCACGUUGUAUCGUCAAGCAAGAGUUGACAUGCAUCCUGCACUGCCUGUCGUACCAAAUAGCAAAGGCGACAAGACCAAGUCAGAAGAUUACUAUCCGAAAUCGAGGACUGGCCUAGGAGGCCUGUCCCUCUCAUCAGCUGGAUCCAGUCAUUUGUUCCGAAAGGAUCUAUGCCAAUCGUUUGCACCACUUUUCGUCGAUCCCAGAACGCUAAUGGCCGAGGUGAAGUGUGCGGUGCGCGUACCGGAUGAGGCGUUUCCCACAAUAUCAAACGUACCGGGAGCAAUGAUAUCCUUCAAGUACUAUGUCGAGGUCGUUGUAGAUAUACAAGGCAAGCUCACAGGCCUCGACCGAAUGGUGUCCAACGCUGGGCUUGUCAAUCUGCCUUCUGCAGCUGGAGGCACCUCUGCCAUGACACGUGACGAUGCUAGCGGCAGUAUGUUCUCGACCUGGGGAGGCAACUUUGUCGACACCGAUCAGAUUCGCCGCGAGAAGGGCAUCAUCUCUGCUUUAUUCGAAGUUGUUAUCGGUACUAGAGACAGCGACAGGAACGGCAAGAAGAAACAGAUACAGGAACAGCCGGCUGAUGACAAUGGCGCCUACGGAGGAUACAACGAUGAGCAGGGCUACGAUCAGUACUACUACGAGCAGGACGAGAAUGGGCAAUAUUACGACUACAAUUUCGAUCCAACAUAUGACGACGUCCCGGGAUACGAACAGCAUAGCGCAGGCAGGGCACCAGUGUUCCCUGUGCCUGCAGUUGUUCCUCAAGAAGAGCAAGGGAUAUCAGAGAAAGAACGGUUGCGACGAGCAGAAGAACGCUUACUACCUUCUCAACCGCCGGAUGCUGCUGGAUCAUCCACGCCUUCAGAGGGUGCUCAAUAUGGCAUACCGGCGUCAGCGCCUGUGCUGCCAGAAGAGGAUGAUCCAAACCCUCCCUACGUCGCAGUAGCUUCAUCGUCUUCGAUGCCAGCCCAUCCUCCGCCCCCAUUCCGUGCGACAUCUUCGCCAAUGUUGUCGUCACGCAUGACGUCAUCACCGUCGUUACAACGUCGUGUUACGAACAUUACAGAUGACGAGACGAGAACUAUUCGAACCGAGUCCUCGCAUACCAUACAUCCCAGUCGAUCAGAGCCACCCAUUAAUGGAGAAGAUAACGACCCAUCAAAACCACUGCCGCCAUUACCACCCCAAUCGCCCCAUAUGGCACAAGGCUCCGCACCAGAGUACGUCGCUGGUUCAUCAUCACAUGUUGAACCUACCGAUGACAAGCAGGAAAUGCAGCGACGUAGACUGGAAAUGGAAAGAAGUGCACCGCCCACGGAUCAUGAUGAAGAUGGAGAGUCCUCACAUGCUCCUUCAGCGCCACCAAUCGAUAGAAUGCGGAGCGUACAAUUGGUACCCUCGGCGCCUGCGCUGAACGACGAAGACGAAGAUCUCGUGGGCGCUGUACGCCCAGGUCGAAGUACGCAGGGCGCACCACAAGAUAGUAGGCGGCAAAGCGAAGCCUUGCCGGAGUACCGGAGGUGACAUGCAUGACAAUGGCGUUUGUGGUAUUUCAGGCGCGACCAUGCAUAGAUAUGAGCGUUGCGCACAGCGGAAACUUACGCGGGAAUCUUUUCAACAUGCAAGUUUACAGGAACUAGCUGGUUGGUCUAUUCUUAUGAUAUCCUUGAAUU